CACCAAGAUGGCUAAGCCAAUGAAAACUCUCGAAUUACAUUAUCCAACGGUUUAGUUUUUAAUAAAGGGAAGAUAUAAUGAGUAGAGUGUGGGAAAAUCUACAGUACAGGUAUGCACGUAAGGUUACAGUGUAGGUUUUUUAUUAAGCAUUAUUAUUUCAAACAGUGUAAAUUACAAGCUGCUGUUCAAAAAAGUGAGCCUAUACUCGCGGGCAGUAGAAAUGGGUUAAGCUUGGGUUAAAAACAGUCCUAUUUCUAACGAAUCCACAAGCCCAUUAUUAGGGGCACAAAACGACUUUUAAAAGCAGUGUCAGAUUUCAACAAGUAAGCAUUUUUAACGCAGUUUUUUUGGAGUUGCUGGCAAAUUUAAAUCUGUUCCUUUUUCUCAGCAGAAACUUCACAAUUGGCACUUCUCAGCAAAUUACUUCGAAGGCAUUGCUAGCAAGAUUUGAAUGCACAUAUAACAGGAAUAAUGGGCUCCUGCAUCCACUUAACAUCCUUGAGGGUGUAGUCCCAGAGUUAAAUAUACACCGUCCUUUGCCGGAGGGGGAGGAGUGAGAGGAAGAGGGACAACCUAUAGGAGAUACUAAGUUUCCGUUAAAAGAUGAGAAACAUGAGCACUGUUCUUGUUGGAUACAUCAUAUUGGUGACAGCUUCCGUCAUGAUUCUUGUCGAGGGCCAAUUCCCCAAGGCAUGUGUUAAUAUGGAAAGCCUUAAGAGGAGAGAAUGUUGUCCAGUUCCCCCCGGUUUUAAAGAGCCGUGUGGUGAGGACGGAAGCAGAGGAGACUGUGGAGAAAUAAUUGUUCGGAAAUGGAGUGCUACGUACGACCACUUUAACACAAAACACGUACUGGACGAUCGCCAUAAUUGGCCAAGAGGGGUUUUUGAAAGAAGUUGUAAAUGCAGGGCUAACUACGCUGGUUAUGACUGCUCCAAAUGCAAGUACGGUUAUCAUGGCAAAGAAUGCAACCAGCGCAAAGUUCUGGUACGUAAAAAUUUCGCCAACUUGUCGCCUGAAGAGCAGGACAAGUACAUGAUGUACAUAAACAUGUCCAGAUUUGAAGAGAGCGAUUAUUUGCUGACAACAGCCUUCUACCAGGACAUAAAGGAGACCAUGAACAAUGGAAGUGAUCCAAUCCUUUUGUUCACAAACGUGUCCGUACAUGAGUUUUUCGUUUGGCUGCACUACUACACGACAAACAGAAACACGGUCUUGCCUGAUAGAACGCAGAUGCCUUUCAUGGAUUUCGCUCAUCGAGGCCAAGGCUUCCUCACCUGGCAUCGAUUGUACUUGCUCGCCUGGGAAAGAGCUUUGCAGGAUCUGUCUGGUGACGAAGAUUAUGCAAUACCAUUUUGGGAUUGGACGGCUAGUGAAAAAUGUGAAAUUUGCUCUGACAAGUUACUGGGUAAUGUAUCUUCAAGCGGCGAUGUUGCAGGCAAAUAUUUUGGGAACUGGUUAACAAUAUGUUACCCCUCGGGAUCGAUUUUCACGGACAGUACGAAACUCUGCGAUCCUCGUGUCAAAACAGGCAACUUGAAACGCUCUCCUGUUCAAAGACGACACGCCAACGGGUUCAACGUGGCAUUUCCUACCAGGAGAGAAGUUUCGUUCGCUCUGCGCUUUGAAACGUACGACCUCCCACCUUUUAGCACAGAGUCAAGCUGCAGUUUCAGAAACCUUCUUGAAGGCUACGCCAACACCACCAGCGGAUAUCGUUUAGCGCCCGGGUUUUCUGCUGUACACAACAUAGUUCACCUUGCGUUAGGAGGCGCAAUGGCUUCAGUCCCGGCAGCGUCCAAUGACCCAAUCUUUCUCCUUCACCAUUGCUUCGUUGAUCAAAUCUUUGAAAAGUGGCUUCGAAAGUUCGAGAAGGACGCGUCUGCUCUCUCCGCUACGGAAGCUCCCAUUGGUCACAACAGAGGUGACGUCAUUGUGCCCAUGUUUCCAGUGUACACUCAUGAAGAACUAUUCUCAGAAUCUUUCUCAUUUGGCUAUGACUUUGAGGGAGUCGACAAGGACGGUAUGUGAAUCGUUGCUUUCUGACAAUUAGACUGCUCUCUCUCAGUCUUUGCGGGCAAUUCAUGCCCUGUCCAAUCAAAAUAUCAAAGUCCCGGCAUAGAAAACAAAGAGCAACCUUAUCAUUUAACAUAACGCAAUGGCGAUAAUCGCGAGGUGGCUCGAGGAUGGUAAUAAAUGCUUUCCUA